AUGCAGGAAACUAUAAACUCUGACUUGUUCAGAAUUGAAUCCACAGUUUCAUUCAGAACCAACCCAAACACAGUUUACUAUCGUGUCAGAAACUUUACCUAUGGUGACAAACCAAGCUAUAGAAGUCAACGCCAUUUCAAAACAAGUUUUGUAACUUUUAGGCUUGAAGGGUUUUGGUCAAAAUCCUCAGGUAAAGUUUGCAUGGUUGGAACAGGAGUUGGUUAUUCCAAAACAGGUGAUUCUCUUAAUCUUGAAGCUGUUUUUAAGCUUAACAAUGUUUUCAAUUCAAGUAACAUCACUAGUUUGAUUAGUGGAAGCUUAGAGAGUUUGAGUUCUGAGAAAAAUCAGUACUUUGAAACCAUUUCUGUAAUCAUGUCUCCAAAAGCAAAUUAUAGUUAUAGUUUGGAUUCUAAAGAAGCUGAAAAUGAGUUCCCUUUUGAGAAAAAGGGUUUGUCACUAAAUCUACAUUCAUCAAGUUUCUGUUCAUUUCCACUCUCAAGAGCUAUUAGAAGACUUCAACUAGAGUACACUCAUGAGUGCAGUUCUUCAAAGAAUUGCACUCCUGUGAUUAGUGAUGAACUGCCAUAUAUGAUGUCUUUGAAAGUUUCUGAAUGUUCUAAUGAAAACAAGCAUAGAUUAAAGGUUAUGAUGGUGUUUUCGAAUAAAAGUGAUUAUUGGGUUGAAAAAGGUUUCAAUCCAAAAACUAUGUUGAUAGGGGAAGGUUGGUGGGAUGAGAAGAAAAACUCAUUGUGUGUAGUUGCUUGUCAUUUCAUUGGCAUGACGAAAUCGUCCUUGAAUGAGGCUCGUAUCGGCGAUUGCUCGGUGAGAUUGAGUUUGAGAUUCCCUUCAGUUUGGUCAAUCAAAAAUACUAACAACAUAGUUGGACAAAUUUGGAGCAACAAGAGUGCUAAUGAUCCAAACUACUUCAAGAUGAUAACAUUCCGAAAUUUCGAGAACGAUAGGGUUGGAUAUCGAGCGACGAAGUACGAGUAUAGUCAACUCGAAAAAGUUGAGAAAUCAUGUCCAGCACACAAGAUUCUCAAGAACAAAGGAACAACAAGGUUUCCAGAUGUUGAUUCUUAUGAUAUGAGAUUUGAUAUGUCAGCUAGAGAUAGAGAGUCUCAUUGGGGAAUAGCAUUCGGUUUUUCGAAUCCUUUAUCUGUUGGUGAUCAAGUUUAUGAGAUUGAUCAAUACAAUAAUCUUCCUGUUUCAAGUUUCACAGCAGAAUCUCCUAUGCCUAUGGUAAUCCUCAACAACGGUAGCGUAACCUCGUUUAACAUUAGCUACAAGAUUACCAUGUUUCCUAAUUCAACAUUCGAAGAAAGGAAUUCAAUGUUUAAUCUUUCCUCUUACAAAGUUAAGAUUUCUGCAGAAGGAAUUUAUGAUGCUAGAACAGGAACUUUGUGUAUGAUCGGUUGUCGCGAUCUUAACUCAAUCUCUGGAACAGAAAUAACUGACUAUAUGGAUUGUGAGAUUCUCUUGAAGUUUCACUUUCCACCAUUAGAUGCAGAGAAUGGAACCUACAUUCAAGGAAGUAUCGAAAGCAUGCGCGAAAAAUCAGAUCCUCUUUACUUCAAAAGUUUAGAGGUAUCUUCGUCUGCAAUUUACUCGGAAACAGCGAUAAAAGCUGUUUGGAGAAUGGAUAUGGAGAUUAUCAUGGUUCUGAUAUCUACAACUUUAUCAUGUGUUUUCGUCGCGUCGCAACUAUACCAUGUGAAGAGAUACCCUAAUGUGUUUCCCUUCAUCUCGAUUUUCAUGAUGUCGAUUCUCACUUUAGGUCACAUGAUACCACUUGUUCUAAAUUUCGAAGCAGUUCUUGCUCAAAAUCCGAAUAACAAAAACUUUGUGUUUGGAUAUGUUGGAUGGCUUGAAGUUAAUGAAAUAAAUGUGAGGAUAAUCACCAUGAUAGCUUUCUUGUUGCAGUUCCGUCUCCUUCAACUAACUUGGUCGUCAAGAAAGACCAGCGAAAGCGAGAACCACCUCUGGAUUGCUGAGAGAAAGGCUACCUAUGUGACUUUCCCUUUGUAUGCCGCAGGACUAUUGAUUUCUUUGCUGUUGAAGUUGAGAAAUGAUGGUUUUGAACACGAUUCGUCUUGGGAGAACAUGAAAUCUUACAGUGGUUUGGUAUUAGACGGAUUUCUUGUGCCGCAAGUCAUUCUCAACCUGUUUUCAAAUACGAACGAGAAUGUUCUUUCGCAUUCAUUUUACUUUGGAACUACGUUUGUGAGACUCUUGCCACAUGCCUACAAUUUUUACAGGACGCGUAAUUAUGCUCGACUCGUCGACGGAUCAUACUUCUACGCAAAUCCGAAUGCAGAUUUUUACUCUACUAGUUGGGAUAUUGUGAUUCCUUUGGGAGGUGUCUUAUUUGCUAUCAUUAUCUACUUGCAGCAACGUUUUGGUGCUCAAUGUGUUCUUCCUCAUAGAUUUAGAGGGUCAAAGGUAUACGAAAAAGUGCCAAUGGUGAAUGAAUCAGAAGUAGAAAUGUAG